UCUCAAACAACUACGGCUUUCUCCAAUAUGACAUUAACAUUACGCGUGGUUGUAUCGGAGAAGUAGGAAUAGGUAAGGAAAAUCAAAGAUAUCAGGCUUUUGACGCUUUGAUACCGCUUCUCUCGUUAAUCAUUAUUAGGCUCAAUGCUGAAUGCAUUCUAACCGCUGAUCAACCGAUUAAUAAUGAGAGAACACUGGGACAAAAUUGCAAUGUGGUGCUAAAAUGGAAAGUGUUGUUUGUGACUUGGUACAAACUGUAUCGAUAGUUGUGAAUUUUUUCUAAUUGAAAAACAAGUUCAAAUUCUUUCAAGAGAAUGUUGUGGAUCAGUUGUAUGUUAUUGUCCGUGAUUGCACUGACGUGUUUCAAACCUGUUCAACUGAACGAUGAUGCCAAGCGACUCUACCACGACCUCCUGGUACAGAACAAGUACAACAAGCUGAUCAGGCCCGUAGGGAACAACACCAAGGAACCACUGACCGUGAAGAUGGGUAUCCGGCUCUCACAGAUCAUCGACGUGGAUGAGCUUAAUCAAGUGAUGACAACAAACGUUUGGCUUCGUCAGGAAUGGCGCGACGUUAGUCUGCAGUGGGAUCCGAAAGAAUACGGAAACAUCAGCACCAUUGAAUUGCCGUCGAAAAACAUAUGGCUGCCAGAUAUAGUCCUCUUCAACAACGCCGACGGUAAUUACGAAGUGACAUUAAUGACAAAAGCAACGGUCAAGUACACAGGCUGUGUCGUGUGGGAGCCCCCAGCCAUUUACAAAAGUUCGUGCACGAUCGAAGUUGAAUUCUUCCCCUUCGACAUACAAUUAUGCUCAAUGCGAUUUGCAUCCUGGACGUACGCUGGUGACCAGGUUGACCUUAUUCACAAUUGCUCUACUAGCACGAAUGCGCGAGAAGUCAUUUUCAAUGGUAUCGAUUUGAGAGACUUUUACGAAUCUGGUGAGUGGGAUAUUUUAGAAGUGACUGCUGAAAAGAACGUUAACAACAACAUCGAUUAUCCGGAUAUUACAUUCAAUGUCACAAUGAGGCGGAAAACCUUGUUUCAUACUGUUAAUUUGAUUAUUCCUUCUGUGGCGAUAUCCUGCUUAACAAUCCUUGUAUUUUACCUUCCCUCUGAUAGCGGCGAGAAGAUUACAUUGUGCAUCUCUAUUUUGCUCUCACUUAAUUUCUUUUUCUUGCUUCUUUCGGAGAUAAUUCCACCAACGUCCAUUGUUGUACCUUUGAUUGGAAAGUAUCUGCUCUUUACAAUGAUUCUCAUAACAUUGUCAAUCAUUGUUACGGUCAUCACGUUAAAUGUCCACUUCCGUUCGCCGUCUACGCACACGAUGUCGCCAUGGGUGAGGAGAGUGUUUCUGAACAUUCUACCCAAAAUGCUUCUAAUGCGACGUCCAAAUCUUGAAAGUGAAAAGGUAGCGCGAACAUUCGUUCGCACGAGAAAUGGAGUAGAGAUACGAGACCAGUAUGUCAGCAGACGAGACUUUGAAUACGAAACUAUGCGUCUUACCGCAGCUGAUGAAGUGGAAGAUAAGGAUACGGAUCUUUCCGUAGAGGUUCAAGAAGCUAUUGACAGCAUAUGCUUCAUAGCUGAGCAUCUGAAGAAGGGUGACAAUACUGCGUCCGUCAGAGAAGACUGGAAAUAUGUUGCCAUGGUGAUGGACCGGUUGUUUCUAUGGAUAUUCACAGUGGCGUGCGUGGUAGGAACCUUUGGCAUCAUUUUACAGGCGCCGACCCUCUAUGACAACAGACAGCGGUUGACGCCAGUGGCUAGUUCCUACCGAUGCGUGCCUCCAGUGGAAAAUAUCCAAGGUUUAUACACAGCAAGCAGGUCAGAGCAUACGAUGUGUUUUACACCCAGACAGUAAUAUGUGCCGAUGGUCAUUUCGAAGUCAAGAUAUUAACAAAAGCCACACUAAUGUACACAGGACUUGUUAUAUGGGAACCGCCAGCAAUAUUCAAAAGCGCGUGCAUUAUGGAUGUAGAAUACUUUCCUUUCGAUGUGCAAAACUGUUC